GACCGACUCAGCCCGCCAUCUCCUUCGCAUCUAACUUGUUGUGCCGCCGACCUUUCGCCUCAUUGCUGCUCUUCCCAUCGCCGAACGAGCCCACUCACUGUCUUCUGCUGUGCGCCGUCUGGACCAUUGGCCGUGCAACUCGAGACGCAGCUGGUGCCGGUUUCAGAAGCCUGUCUCACUUGGACUGCUCCCAGCAAAGGCACAAAGCCACGAACACCGUUUCCACGAACAACGUUUCUCCGCCCGGAUUGCGCCAGCAAGUCGAUUGCAAUUGCCGCCAUUCUCUUGCCGCGAAAGAACAGUAUCGCGCCAUUCCUUCCUGGUGCUUAGGUAGCUCCAGUCGUGCCGACAAACGUGUCAGCCACGUGUAUCUGCGUGGUCAUCAACUCCCGGAACGAGUGAAAAACAAAACCCAGCCAUGACAACCGCCGGCUCCGAUCCUCGCUUUUCAACCUACUCCAGCGCUCCCUCCCUACAGCCUUCCAUUGCUGCCACUCAGUCCAGCGAGCACCGCGCUUCCUCACACAACUCCUACCGAUACUCCUCGCGCUACAGCGAGCAGGCCUCCCUCAUGCCUCACACCAUCCAUGAGAAGGGCGCUCAUCGCCUCUCCUACGUCAAGCCCUCCGCCCAGAGCGAUAACGACUCCUCCCUGACACUGGCAUCCAACGAUCCUCGAACCGCCGAUAUCAAGAACUUCGCCGAGCACCUCGACCGCAUGAGCGACGCGCGUCUCGCCGAUAAGCAGCGUUAUCGUCUCAGCAACGACAAGUCGGAAGAUAUGGGCAAGAUCGCGCUCGGCGCCAGGCUAGACCGCGCGCUGUCGAGGAGAAUGGUCGGACAAGACGCGGUCCUGCGACCAAAGAAGGCCGUCGCACGACCUGUUCCCAUCGAUGAGAAGCGCGCACUCGAAGUAGAGGCCAACUAGAUCGACAAGUGCGCCUUCGUCUCUCUGGUUCGGUCUGCAUAGCGCGAUGACCGAGUCGAGACGCGACGGCACAUCAACACGACACGACUGAUUGAGACAUGAACCGCCCAAGCAUCAACAACUAUAGACGAGCAAUCGUUCGAGCGAAAGCGACGUCACCAACGACGAACAACAACAGACACUUCAGUCGAUCUUCUCUUGCGGCUUUACAGAACCUUUGCCGGGACAGCUUGAGUAGCGAAAGGAAAUGGGAACCGGCGUUGCACUGUUGCUUAGUAGGGAGGACUUUGAAGAAUUUCACGCGUUACGAAAAGGAACGGGGCGACGGGAAUGUGUUUUUUUUUUUAUGCUAUCAUAUCGCGGAUGCAUGGUUAUUGCGACUUUUGAUGGGAAAGAGAGGAUCCUUCUUGGGCUUUGAUUCCUGGGCUUCUUGUUCCUGCUUGCUUGCUUUCUGGCAUCUGGC